UAUUUGUAACUACACGGGGCAGUACAGGGGUUCACGGAGAGGGGGGCUGGUGAUGCUUUGAGUUGCUUUUGUAGUUUUUCACAAUUAUUUUUUUUAACCUCCGAAAUGUCUCGGAUAUUAAACUUAACACAGCUGCGCAAAGGUUUAUCCGCGUGUCGAGGGAUUGCUCGGCUUCCUUUGAGGACCAUCUACUGCACUUCAAGGAAACAUGCAGAAGAGAGCGGUGCAGCCUCAGCUCUGGGGAAGAGGUGGAAGGACACCGCAGAGACGGUCAUCAUUGGAGGCGGCUGUGUGGGCACCAGUCUGGCCUAUCACCUGGCCAAAGCUGGCAUGAAGGACGUGGUGCUGCUGGAGAAGUCUGAGCUCACAGCUGGAUCCACCUGGCACGCUGCUGGUUUGACAACAUAUUACCAUCCCGGCAUCAAUGUGAAGAAAAUCCACUAUGACAGCCUUAAAUUGUACGAGAACCUGGAGGCUGAAACUGGACAGGCUGUGGGUUUGCACACACCCGGCAGUGUCCGUAUUGCUUCAACACCAGCUCGAGUGGAUGAGAUGAGGUACCAGAUGACCCGCACACACUGGCAUGUGACGGAGCAGUACAUGAUCGGACCGGAAAAAGUCCAAGAGCUUUUCCCUCUGCUUAAUAUGGACAAGGUGCUGGCAGGCCUCUACACCCCCGGAGAUGGCCACAUCGACCCCUACUCUCUGACUAUGGCUCUGGCUGCUGGAGCUCGUAUGUACGGUGCUCAGAUCUACAAUCCAGCUCCCGUCACCGGCCUCAGCCAAAUGUCUGACGGCAAAUGGGAUGUCCAGACUCCUCACGGAACAAUACGUGCAAAUCGCAUUGUCAACACAGCAGGUUUCUGGGCCCGCGAGGUGGGCAAGAUGAUUGGGUUUGAACACCCCACCAUCCCGGUGCAUCACCAGUACGUGGUGACUGCCACAGUACCAGAGGUGAAGGCUCUGAAGAAGGAGCUGGCUGUCAUCAGGGACCUGGAGGCCUCCUACUACCUGCGUCAGGAGAGAGACGGUCUGCUGUUUGGCCCAUAUGAGAAGAUGGAGAAGAUGGUGCUGCAGGACUCGUGGGUCAGAGAGGGAGUACCUCCAGGCUUUGGCAAGGAGCUGUUUGAGUCAGACCUUGACAGGAUAAUGGAGCACAUUGAGAUGGCCAUGGAGAUGGUCCCUGUGCUGAAGAAAGCUGACAUCAUUAACACUGUGUCUGGACCAAUCACAUACACCCCUGACCUGCUGCCCAUGGUUGGACCACAUCAGGGAGUUUCCAACUACUGGACUGCCAUUGGCUUUGGGUAUGGAAUUAUCCAUGCUGGUGGAAUGGGUAAGUUCCUCAGUGACUGGAUUAGGAAUGGCGAGCCUCCCUAUGACCUGAUUGAAUGCGACCCCAACCGCUACGGCAAGUGGACAGACGUACCUUUUACGUGCGCCAAAGCUCGAGAGUCCUAUGGCUACAACAAUGUGGUUGGUUAUCCCAAGGAAGAGCGUUUUGCUGGCCGGCCAACCUCAAGGACAAGCGGUGUUUAUGAGCUGCUGAAGGACAAAGGAUCCAUGGGCUUUCAUGCUGGCUGGGAACAACCCCACUGGUUCUACAAACCUGGAGAUGAGACCGGAUACAAGCCCAGUUUCCGACGCACAAACUGGUUCGGACCAGUUGGCAGAGAGUGCAGGCUGGUGAUGGAGAAGGUGGGAGUGAUCGACCUGACGCCUUUUGGAAAGUUCAUCGUGAAGGGAAAGGACUCACACAAGCUGCUGGAUCGCCUGUUCGCUAACACCAUGCCCAAGGUGGGCUUAACUAAUAUCAGCCACAUGUUGACACCCAAUGGGAGAGUCUACGCUGAGGUCACCAUCACCCAGCUGGAACCAGGAAAGUUCCUGCUCAUCACAGGCUCGGGGUCAGAGCUACAUGACCUCAGGUGGAUCGAAAGAGAAGCUGUAGAGGGCCGAUAUGACGUCGAUAUCAGCAACGUCACAGAUGAUAUAGGCGUGCUCGGCAUUGCAGGACCAGACUCGCGCAAAGUUCUCCAGAAACUAACAAAUGAGGAUAUGAGUGAUGCUGGAUUCAAAUUUCUCCACUGCAAGUCCAUUGAGUUGGCUGGCGUCACUGUCCGGGCCAUCAGGAUCUCCUACACUGGUGAGCUGGGCUGGGAGCUCUACAUUGACCAGAAGAACAUGGCAGCUGUGCAUCAGGCCAUCAUGGCAGCAGGAAAAGACGAAGGCAUCGACAACUUCGGCACAUACGCCAUGAACUCCCUCAGACUGGAGAAGGGCUUCAGAGGCUGGGGAGCUGAGAUGAACUGUGACACCAACCCUCUGGAGGCUGGACUGGACUAUUUCAUCAAACUGAACAAGCCUGCUGACUUUAUUGGCAAAGCAGCCCUUCAGGAGAUCAAAGCCAAGGGCCUGAAGAGGAAGCUGUCCUACAUCUCCCUGGAUACAGACGAUAUCGACCCUGAAGGGAAUGAGACCAUCUGGCACAAUGGCAAGGUGGUUGGAAACACAACGUCUGGAGCUUACAGUUACAGCAGCCAGCAGAGCCUGGCGUUCGCCUACUUGCCUCUGGAGCUGUGCUCUGUGGGCCAGAAGGUGGAGGUGGAACUGCUGGCGAGGAAAUAUCAAGCCAUGGUCAUCCAGGAGCCCUUAGUCCUCACCGAGCCCACACGGACCCGGCUGCAGAAGAAGGCAAAGGGCAAAGUAUAGACACAGGCCGUCCUCGAUCAGUUUCUCAGCAGCUAAUGAAGAACAAUCCUCAUGUGAUCAUAAACAAGAGUAUGGCGUGGAAAGAAAACCAUGUGCUGAACUGUUCCACAUCCUCAGAUCAGUGGCCAGUUUAGGAGCAAAACAAACUUUCUCUUGACGAGGAAGAAGUAAAAACAGAUUAUGUGAAGUCUUAUGAAUGUGUUUCUGAGCAGCAACAACUGUGAAGUUCUUGUACCACAGUGUCUUAAAGUAUUGGAAGAAUAAUUGUCUUUUUGUAAUUCCAUAAAGAGAAAGAUAAGGUUUACGUGUCAACUGUUUCCUUUACGUGAAGAAUAGUUGAAUGAUAGAAAGGUGCUAAAUGUAUUGAAUGAAAUCUGGCUUUUGUGCUCUUCGGAUAAAAAGAAUUGCUGCUGCUUCUUUUUUUACAGUCAGAGGAGCACUUUGGAACUGUGAAAAGUGGAACAAAAUAUAGAAACACCAAUAUCCAAAAGAAAGAGAGUGUUUGCAAACUGUACAAAGAUUUUUUUGUAAAUCUUUUGUAAUUAUUUUUUUUACUAAUAUGUACAUUAAUGCCUUGAUAAUUAAAGCAUUUCACUCACUGUC